AUGAGGGCCGGCCGUGGUCGUGGCCGUGGCAUCGGCGCGCAGCCGUCAAAUGAAAACCAGAAUCCGCGGAGGAAUGAGCCUCGGCAGCCGGGCGCUAGCGGCGGCGGUGCAGCGGCAAGCGGACGGGGCAUUUACUCUGCGGUGAAAUUCGUGUACGAGUAUGAAACUGGCAGAGGUAUCGAGUGGUGCCGGGACGAGCGAGGGCGCAGCGAGGACGUUCAGGCCGGGCGGAGUGCUGCGAGGGGACGGCGAGGGUGGGGAGCAGGAGGAGAAAAAGGAGCACGCAGGGGUUGGGGACGACGGAACGGACGGGGGGAUGCCAAUGAGAGGGGGGUACAAGGGACGGAGGGGGACGAGGCGAUGGUGGUGGAAGAGAAAGUGCAGGGCGGCAAAGGAGGAGGUGAUGGGACGACGGCUGUAUCAAGUGGCUCACAGGUAGGAGGAAGCAGCAGCGGCGCGGAGAGGGAGACAGCUGUGCUGGGGGCAGCAGUGGAAGCAGAGAAGGGGCAGGGCGGUGCUGCACCAGGUGGUGCUGUAGGAGCGUGCGAGGGGCUGCCUGUGGUGGAAGAGAGGGGGGGCUCCUACCUUUUGGAUGACAGGCAAAAGCGCUUGCCGCUGUCCGUAGUAGGAGCAGUGGAAGCAGCGGAAGUGACGUGUCCUGCAGACGUGGCAGUGCGGUUUGAGAGGCUCCACAUGGGCGUGGAGGCCAUAGGGCAGACGGGGUGGGUGAGGGGGCGGAGGGAGGGCGGAGGGCGAGGGAAGGAGCGGCGAGACAGCAGAGGAGUGCAACAAGGAAGAAGAGGCCAAGGGGGCUCACCAGGCCAGGGAGGCCUAGGGGGUCUAGUGGGUCAGGCGGGUCAAGGGGGUCAAGGGAGUGUAGGACAGCAGUGGGGUGAGGGAGGUUGGCAGCGAGGCAGGGGAAGGGGGCGUGGGGGCAGAGGAAGAGGCAGGGGCGGUGGAGGGAGGAGGGGCAGGGGAGACGAGCAACAAGUGGAGGUGGGGAGCGGGCAGUGGGCGUGGGGCCGGGGGCCAGGGCGGAAUGCUGGAUGGGGGGUGGAGGACGUGGGGUAUGUGACUGUUGGCGGUGUGACUGUAUCGACAGGUAGAGGUGUGGGUUGGCGUGGGGGGUAUGAAGGGCAGGGGUAUGGGGAUGGAGGGAGGCAGGGGCGUGGAAGGUUGGGGGUGGGGCGAGGGGUAGGGGGAGGGGGAGGGGUGGGGAAAGAGGUGGGGGAAGGAGAGGUGGGAUGGGAGGAGGGAGAGAGUGAGGAGGAUGGUGACAGUGGGGAAGAGAGUGAGGAGGGCAGCGAUAGUAGCAUCGAUGCUGACGUGGCACUGGACUUUAUGGGUAACCUUGUGGAUGAUAGUGAUGAUGCGAGCAUGGGGGAGGGCGAGGCGGACGAUACGGAUGAGGAAGCGGAUAAGGGUGAGGAGGUGGUGGUAAUGGAGGGAAGGGUGGCAGAGGAGGAAAAGGUGGAGGAGGAAAAGGUGGAGGAGAAACAAGUGGAGGAGGAACAAGUGGAGGAGGAACAAGUGGAGGUCGAGGAGGAGGCGGCAAAGGAAGAAGUGGGGGAGGAAGAGGCAGAGGAGGUAUUCAAUGAGGAGGAGGAGGGCGAGGAGGGCGAGGAUGAGGAGGUGGAAGAGGGGAACGGGGAAGAAGCAGAUGCAGUGGUGGGCGGAGGGCGAGAGGGCGAGAGUGAGAGCGACGGCGAGGGCGAAGAAGGCGGAGUGUGGUACGAGGAGGAGCGGCACACUGGGCUGGGGUACUGCGCUGGUGCCUCCGCGCCCUCUCCCGAGGAGUUCUGGAACCACCUCAAACGUGUGCAGGCGCGGAGGAGGAUGCAGACAAGGGGGAUCGGAAGGGCGAAGGGGAGGAGGAAGAAGAGAGUGAAGGGGGGGGAGGGGGAAGAGAGUGAGAAGGAGGAGGAAGGGGAGAGCUCGGAGGGUAUGGAGGAGGAGUUGGGCGAGGAGUGGGAGAGGGAGCUUGAGGCGGCCUACCAGAGGGAGCUGGCUCGCCGCCAGACAGCCAAGGGCAAGGGCAAGGGCGCCCCUCUGCUGCUCCUGCUCCCCCUUGCCCCGCCUCUGCUGCUCCUGUUGCACGGGGCACUGCAGCCCCGACACGCGGCAGAGGGCGGGCAGCGAGGGGAGUGGGAGCAGGGAGAGGAGGGGGGGGCGGGGAGAGGAGGAGUGGCAGGGAGAGGGAGGGCAGGGCAAGCAGGAGCAGGAAAGGGGGGAGCUGGGGAAGGAGAAGGAGCAGGAGCAGGGGGGGGUGCGGAGGGCAGUAGCGGCAGGGGAGGGAUGGGGCGCGGGUCAAAGAAGGCUGCAAGGAAGGCAAAGAGGGCCCUGGCGAAGCAAACCAAGAAGGCGGCAAAAGCGGCGGGCAGCAAGAAGGGGCGCAGGAAGCAGGCGAGGGAGCUGAAGCGCAUGCAGCGAGCUGUGGGAUUCAGCCCCGAUGCUGCUGACGUGGACCUCAUGCACCUCAACCAGGUACAAGGCAUGGCGCGCUCAUAUCGCCUGACCACCACGGUGCAGCAGAGUGGCAAGAGAAAGUAUGUGCAACUGCCUUUCUCUCCGUUCACUCCCUCUUCACUGCUUGCUCAUCGCCUCCUUCGCCUCGCCUUGCAUGCUUGUGUCUCAUGCCUGCCUUCCUCCCCUCCACCUCUCUCCCAGCACCUCUUCUCACGACCUUUAUUCUCUCUCUUUGUGCCCCUCUCCAUGAUGCCUUGCACAUGUUUGGCUUUUUCCGUCUUGCCCUUCAGGAUGCUGCUCUUUCGAUUCUCGGGCGCUUCAACCUUGCAAGAGCCCGCUGCCGCAGAGUGUGGUGAUGCGAGCAGCAGGCCGGGGCAGCGGGGGGUGAGGAGGAAGGGUGGGGACUACAGAGAGCGGCGGCUGGCUCAGUACAUGGAUGACAUGGAUGUGGAGCGAGGAAUCGCUGAGAUGGAGGAGAUGAUGCUCAUGAUGGGUGAUGAUGAUGACAGUGAUGAGAACGAGGAUGAGGAGGAGUCGGAGGAGGAGGAGGAGGAGGAGGAGGAGGAGGAGGAGGAUGAAGAUGAUGAGAGUGGGGAGGAGGAUAGCGAAGAGAGUGAAGAGAGUGAUGGGAGCGAGGAGGAUGGGGAGAUUGAUGGGAGUGCUGAGAGUGAGGAGGGUGGGGAGGGUGAGGGAAGCAGUGAGGAGGAAGAUGCGUUUCUGGAGUUGGAGGAGGAGGAGUGGCUUGUGCCGGACGGGGGCGACCAGGAGGUGACUGAGGUGAGCGUGACUGUACAGAACGUGCAGCAGUCAGGCUCAGAAGCAGAGGAGGUUUUGGGGGUUCUGAUGAGUGAGGAAGGUGCAGAAACGGGUGUGGGGUGCGUCCUCUGGAGAGAAGGACUCUUCAGAGCAAAGGUGGGGCAAAGAGUGGCAGGCAGGGUAACGGAGAGGCAAGAGGAGGCCGACGAGGGCAAGGUGGCAGCGGGUAGCAGAGGGAGGAGAGAAAGGGGAGGAAGGGAAGAAGGUAGGGUUGACAGGAGCAGUGUGGGUGGCUGUGGUGUGGCAGCGGAUUUUGCAAGUUUUGAGGCGCACACGAGGGGGUUUGGGUCGCGCAUGAUGGCACAAAUGGGUUUCCGCAUUGGCUCUGGCCUUGGGAAGGACAAGCAGGGCAUUUUCCGAGCCUGUGCAAGCUGA